GGAUUCCGUAGUCUAUUUUUAGAAAAUAGCCUGAUCUUGUUUACAAUGUGAUCAUGAGUCACUGUCGUGGGUGGAAAACAUCUGGGACAUUCCAUAGUAAAUUUGUAUUGAAGAGCUUCUCCUUCAUUAAUCGACUUCCGCAAACCUUUUCAAAGGGAUUGAACAUUAAGGAUGGAUUCUACGCUUGGUAAAAGAAAACAUUCAACAAUGCAUUCAGACCAAGGGUUUGUCUCAAGUGAUUCAACCGGGUCUCUACAACUACCCUUGUCAUCCAGAGGUCAAGGCCACUAUUCUAGCGAAAAUCCUUGCAAUAUCAAUGCUACAUCAAGCAGUUUCUCUGGAUCAACACAAAGGCCAAAGCUCACAUCAAAUUCAAAUUCUCUGUCAUCCUUUAAUAACAGCUCUGAUGGAAAAUAUAUUGCAACAGGAGUAGUGACUGGUGGUACUGGCUUUAGUUCUUUUAAGCAGCCAUCUUGUAAAGGGCCGUUCUCUGUGGAAACUCCGUAUUUAAAUAAAGAGACUCCACUGAUUCUUGCUACAGCGCGACAGACAGGGUCUUCAAUAACAGCAUCAUGUAACACUGACUCCAUCAGGCAACUUCAGAACCCUUACACAGAUAGGGUAACCAGUAGCCGUACUUCAGAAUAUUUUCAGAGGACUCCUUCUAGUAGAACCCUUCCAGGGCCCCAGAGCAGGUCAGUUACCUCAACAUUGGCUACUUCCUCAGGGCUUGACACAGGGGAAGAAGAAGAUGACGACCUGAGCAAUACUGAUGUUCGGCAUGUAAGACAGAUAGAAAAUAGCUCAUUGUCAUCAAAUGAAUCUCAGGUGUGUAACUAA